AUGGCGGAUCAAUUGAUUCAAGGAUUAAGUUGCCUUACUACUUGCGAUAGAGAGGUAUUUUUAUUUUUUUCUUUCUUGAGAGUUACUUUCAUAAUAAAUUUUUUUAGAGCAUAAUAAACCAGUUUCUGGCAAUUUUGAAGCCUAUCAAAGUCGAGCAAACCACAGCUGCUUUUUAUUUGGACAUGAACAACUGGUUAGUUGACACCAUAAGGAUUUCUUAUUUUAAAUGUUAUAGGAACUUGCAAGAAGCAAUCUCUUCUUAUUACGACUACGGCCAAGAAGCGAGUUCUCUGGCCUUUGGUCCGCAAGAACGGGAACUCGAUGCGGAUGUUCAUGGAGUUUUGUACCAGGAUCCUGUCAACAACCCGGUUCGCACAAAAAACAAGAAAAAAUUUGACAAAAUCAUUACAAUGCGACAAAAAAUUUAAACGGGUUAAACUGAGAAAAAAUAGAGCGCAAAACAAAACAAUUGCAUUGAAGAAAAAAACCCUGUUUUUGAUUCACAAAAACAUUUUCGAAACAUAUUAAUGUUGAGAAAAUUAAUAUGAACGUUUUUUUAAAUUUUUUUAUUUGAAGAUUUCCUGAUUUAAAAAGACUUUUUUUAUAAUUUUUAUAAUUCAGGACGGAAGCCUCAAUGCUGGGGGUUGUUAUCACGGUAACUUUUGCUGUACGCAAUAUCGGCACCCUCAAGUGGCCGGCAUCUUUGAAUUUGGCCAUCGUCAACGGUAUACUCUUUUUUGAAUAUUUUUUUACUUAGCUUUAUUCUCAAGGAGACAACAUCAUCUACCACUGGAGACUUGACAAGUUGCUUGGUCCAGGUCAAGCCGGAGCUCUGAACAUCACGUUCAUAACGCCAAGAGAAGAAGGGGAGUUCAACACCGAGUUGCAGCUUGUGAGCCCUUGUGGAGUGCUUUUCGGAGGUUGGUUUGAGGAUCUGGGUUAUUAAUGGCUCUUUUGAGCCUGAGUGAAACAUUUUAACAGAUUUUAACAAAUUUAAUAAACUUUCUUUGAGUAAGAGAAAUUUCGAACAACAAAUAUUGGAAAGUUUAUUAGAAAGGUCACUUUAAUCUAAAUUUUGAGUUUUUUGAAGUUUUUCCCAAAUACUAAAAGUCUACAGGACUUUGCGACACAUUAGGAAAUGCUCAAAAAUUCCAGCCCUUCAGCUUUGAUUGAAGCACAAUAAGAUUCAUAUUCCAUGAUAAUGUCUUUCCUGAAACAUAUAAAUUUUUUUAUUUGCAAAUCUUUUCCAUUUUCAGAAAAGUUCUUCUUGAAGUACAUGAUCAAGCUGGCAGAUUUUCCUGUCCCAUCUAACCCAGAAGAUGUGUUGGCCAUGAUGCAGCAAACCUCGCCGCUACACUAUGCUGUAUGAAAGUUUAUUCCUUUAGGAAAUAUCUUGGUUAAUUUUAAGCUUGCUGAGGAUGAAAUGAUGGUGGAAAAUGCGGUGACGGUGCCACCUGCGUCACCUUGCACUCCUGACGAAAACAUCGACAAAUUCGAAGACGACAUGAUGUGA